UUAGAUCUAACUUUGAAGUCAUGAAUACUAAUUCACUGAACCGGACAGACUGCCCAGAGGUAAAGGUCCCCUUCCUCAUCUUUUUCACGGUUGGAAUGGUGAGCCUGGCUGAGAACUCGCUGGUUGUACUGGCCGUCAUACUGAACAGAAACCUGCACUCGCCCAUGUACUGCUUCAUCUGCAGUCUGGCUGCCUUUAACACCAUUGCAAGUUUGACAAAAACCUGGGAGAACCUGAUGAUCGUUUUUGCUGAUGUGGGACACCUGGAGAAGAGAGGUCCCUCAGAGACCAAGCUGGAUGACAUGAUGGACUGCCUGCUCUGCAUGUCAUUUGUUGGCUCCAUUUUCAGUUUCCUUGCCAUUGCCGUGGAUCGCUACAUCACCAUCUUCCAUGCAUUGCGAUACCACAACAUCAUGACAAUGCAGCGAACUGGAGGUAUUUUGGUAUUCAUCUGGACUACAUGUGGUGUGUCAGCUGUGCUGAUGGUGAGGUUCUUUGACUUCAAGUUCAUUAUGAUCUGUUUUGUUGUCUUUUUCAUCGUUUCUCUGGGUAUUAUUUGCUUUCUCUAUGUUUACAUGUUUCUGCUGGCACGUAUCCAUGCCAAGAGCAUUGCAGCCCUCCCCCCUGGUGGUGAGGGCAAGUGUCAGUGUCAGCGGCGGUGGGCCAGCAACAUAAGAGGGGCUCUGACGCUCACCAUCCUUUUUGGAGCUUUUGUGGUGUGUUGGGCACCAUUUUUCACUCAUCUGAUCAUCAUCAUGGUGUGUCCCUUAAACCCUUACUGCGAGUGUUACAGAUCACUGUUCCAGCUGCAUGUAGUACUAAUUAUGAGCCAUGCUCUCAUCGACCCUGCCAUUUAUGCAUUUCGCAGUGCUGAGCUCAGAUAUACCUUCAGGAAGAUGCUCCUUUGUUUAAGCCGGAAGUUGUGCUGCUAAGAAAAACUUUGAAGUCCACCCAGUUGGCAUAAAACAGCUGUGAGCUGUUAAACUCCAGACAUCAGGUCUCUAAAAACAUGAAAGACUUUGAGAAGUGGCUGAUCACGGACAUCAGAGGAACUAAAUGAAGCAACAUAAGAGUUAUAUUUGAUUUCAAGAAAACCAUGGCACCUGGGAUCUAGCACAAGGUCUAAAAGUCAACUAACCCUGAUUUUCAGCAGGGAGUUCAGACCUGCAGACAACUUACUUUGCUGCAAUAUCAGCGGAAGUACAAUGGACCUGACACACAAAGUCUGCAGUCAUUACAGAGAGCACAACUUAUAAACUUUGUUCUAAUCAAAAGGACAACCUCACAGCAGGAAAAGCAAAAUCUACCUUGGACAAAGGGUCCAAUCAUAUCACUUCACUUGGAUUCCUAAAGUGUGAUUCAUGUUAGUGAAUUAUCUGAGGAAAAUAAUCUGCACAUAUUUUUGAUUUUUGAUACUUGAUUUAUACCAAUGAUUUUUCUAAUGAAAAAGAUUUUCUGCAUACAUUUUUUUAUGUUUGAUAAUUGGUUUAUAUUAAUGACUUUUCUAAUGAAAAAAAGUUAUUUUGUAUGAUACUAGUUUUUUUUAAAUUCCGAUAAUUGAUGUACAUAUGCUAGUGCUGGGGAAUAUGGAAACAAAUUAUGCCAAAGUAUAAAAUAAUUUAUAUCACGAUAACGACAUACAUCACGAUAAAUGUCAAUAAAGUAUAUUUUCAGCUAUUCUCUGAAAUACCACCAUCUCCCUCUUUUUUUCCCAUCCGGUCUAAAAAAAAAGUUACAAACAUGUCAUGGCUCACUUUUCUGACUAUUUAAAGAAACAUAUAACUAAAAAGUCACAAUUGAGAAACAAACAUUUUAGUGCAGCAAAAUAAACCAACUGAGAUAAGAUGUGGCUGAUAUACUGCAGCCUUCACAUUUGUUCGAAAAGACAAAGGUAAUUAAAGUGAAUUUGUCAAAAAAAAAGAAAAAA